AUGAAAGAGCAUAAAUAUUCUAUUAAUAAACUAUCAUCUUGUAAAGUAUCGAAUGAUUCAAGAUCAAAUUACCGUUUACUUAAUAUACCAUGUGGUGUUUGUGGUGAUCGUUCUACUGGAAAGCAUUAUGGAGUAUAUAGUUGUGAUGGAUGUUCUGGAUUUUUUAAAAGAAGUAUUCACAAGAAUCGUUCAUAUACAUGUAAAGCAAGUGGUAAUUUAAAAGGUAAAUGUACCAUUGAUCGUCAUCAUCGUAAUCAUUGUCGUGCAUGUCGAUUAAAUAAAUGUUUUCUAGCACAAAUGAAUGAAGAAAAAUCUAUAAAUAAAUCAAAUGAUGAUUAUCCAUUAAAUCUUUCUAUGAAUCAUAAUCAUUUAAUCACUAAUAUUAAUAUUGAUUUCAAUGAUCGAAUAAAAAAUCAAUAUCCAAUCAAUAAAUCAUUGAAAUGGAAUCCAUUAAAUAUGGUGCCAAAUGUUUUAUAUGAAAAAUAUAAUUUAAAAUUAUUGAUUAAAUUAUUAAAUCAUUUUGAUAUAAAUAAACAAACAUCGAAUGAUUUAAUCAAUAAUAAUCAUCAUCAUAAUAAAAUUAAUCAAUAUGAUUUCAAUAAUCAAUUAAAAAUAAAUCAAUAUACAAUGAAUAUUGAUCAACAAUAUCAAUAUAAAAAUAAUAUUGAUUAUUUAUUAUUAAAUAAUUGGUUAUUGACAAUCUAUCAAUCUUCUGAUAUAAACAAGAAUGGUGAAAAUCAAUUGACAACAGAUUAUUAUUUAAAUUUAUAUAAACAUUUAAAAGAAGCUCUUUUAUCGAAAGUAAACAAUCCCCUAGUGUCUGUUAAUCAAAACAAUAAUCAUUUAGAUUUAAAUACAAAUUUAUAUUUAGAGAAUAAAACAAUGAAACAUACUACUCAAAUGAAUUGGAUAGAUUUUAUAAAAUUAAAUGAAUGGAAUAAAACAGAAAUUGGUAUACAGAUUAUGAUGAAUAUGAUUAAAUGGAUAUUGAAUCAUUACCUAAUUGAUAAUAUCAAUAUAGAAGAUAAUAGAAAUAAGAUUGACUUAAGUAAUACGAAUUGGAUAUUCUUAUUCUAUAUUCAUGUAAUGGAAUAUAUCAACCAUAACUUUGAUGAUAAACAUACACUUGAAUGUCCUAGUCAUAAUGGAAAUUCGAAGCCAAAUCAUUUGAGUGAAUGUAACGAUGUAUUCAUAAAUCCUAUUCUGAGUAAUAUGCUCAAUAUUCAUGAUUCAUUGAACGUGGGUAUUUCAUUGAUUCAAUAUUUAAUUGACUUUAAUUUAAAUAAAGAAGAAAGUGAAUGUGUAAAGUUUAAAAUAUUCACCGAAAAUAAUUUAGGUCAUAUUCAACCUACAAUCAAUCAAUCAACCACAAUCUUCUCUACUCAUUUACGUUAUGAUUUAAUGAAUCAAUUCUAUGAGAAAUUAAAUCAUUUUAAUAAAAAUUGGUUAAAACAAUUAAGUAUCCAAGUAUUUUUCAAAUCUAUCAUAUUACAUAACAAUCAAAAUGAAUUCAUUUUAGAUUAUAUAUUACAAAAUUUAUUUAAUGCAAUUGCUUAUGCAAAAUAA